CACCCACCCCCAAAAAAAAAAAAAGAAGGUGUUUUGGAAACAUCACCAACAAUUUUGAUUCUGGGUCGAAUUUUGACGAAGGAGAUGGAUGGUUAAAACUGUUCAAUUCGUCGAAGACAGCACAGAGUUGCGACAGGAAAUAUUCACAGUAGAACAAAGCUGCAACUGAAUUUCAAGUGAGAGAUCAUUUCUGAAGUCUGGACUAUGGAACCAGUGAUUCGAUCAGUUUGAACUUCGAACCCGAAACAGUACAAUAAGAACAACCCCCUAUCAUUCUCUAGUGUCUCGGACGCCAUAACCGAAUCGACCGUGGCGCCGUCGUCGAUUCUCUAAAGGGUGGGGAUUGCGUUUCGAAAAUGGCGAUUUCAAGUGGGUCUUCUCUCUCUUGGGUUGCUACUUCUACUUCUUCUUCUCAGCCAAAGAUAUGCUGUAAGCCAAAUAUAUUGCGAGGAUUGUUCAAUGGCCACCGAUGUUAUCUGCAGCCGCUAAGUUGUACUGAUGUAGGGAGAUCAAUAACAUUCAUACAUGGGGCAUGGAGAGGAAAGGAAAAAGUCCAAAGGUGGAAAUCAAUUCGGUUUGCUACUUCUGGUGAUUCAUAUGGUGAACUCAAGCUAGAUGCUUCAGAUGCAGAACAUAAUGCUGAAGAUAUUGUGCCAGAAAGCAUUCCACAGACCCGCCUUGAGAGAACUGGAGGAAAACCAGGUCUUAUCUCAUUUUAUGGUUAUCCAUAUGGAAGAAGAGGAAAGAUACCUGUAUCUGGCCCUAGAAAGAAUCAACAAACUCUCUUAUGGUUUGUUGGUCCUGCUGUCCUUGUUGCCUCUUUCAUUUUCCCAUCACUUUACUUGCGCAGAAUACUUUCCACUAUAUUUGAGGACUCCCUGUUAACUGAUUUCCUUAUAUUAUUCUUCACAGAAGCUCUAUUUUACUCUGGAGUUGCAGUCUUUCUUCUACUAAUAGACUAUCUACGGAGGCCUUGUGAGCUGGUCCCUUCAACGAGUUAUGUGAAAGAGACCAACCAUUUAGGGCACCGCAUCUCCUCAGUUACUGUCUUAGUACUGAGUCUGAUUAUCCCUAUGGUGACAAUGGGAUUGGUCUGGCCAUGGACAGGACCGGCAGCUUCAGCUACUCUUGCUCCGUACUUGGUUGGGAUUGUUGUGCAGUUUGCAUUUGAGCAGUAUGCGCAGUAUCGAAAAUCACCUUCUUGGCCCAUCAUUCCCAUAAUCUUUCAGGUUUAUAGACUGCACCAAUUGAAUAGAGCAGCACAGCUGGUGACAGCUCUAUCCUUCACAGUUAGAGGAGCUGAGACAACCCCACAUAACUUGUCCAUAAGCAGCUCUUUGGGGACUCUGUUGAAUGUUCUCCAAUUCCUUGGGGUCAUCUGCAUCUGGUCACUCUCAAGCUUCCUAAUGAGGUCCAUUCCUUCAGCCACAGUACAUGAGCAAUAGAUCCUCUUUAAAAAUGUUGGUAGCAAUAUCCAUGUGGUCUGCCGGGGGAAAAAAAUUCUCUUUAUCCAACUUCAUAGUUCAUAUGGCCAAGAUGUUAGGAGGGCUGGUUUUCCAUGAUUGAGUUGCUCUAGUCCAGAAGUUCUAAAUAAAAAUGGUUACGUUGCACUUUGACUUGAUUUCAAACCGAAAGCAACUGCUGGACCCAGCUGGUAACAGUGGCAAAUGAAAUGGGACCAAGGUUGAACAAAAGUACUAGCUGCUACACAACUAUCUCUGGUUCUCGGUGCAACCAUAUAACUAAUUUUUGGAUAGAAACUGUUAUGUCAUUGUUGUACUGCCUGAGGCCAACAAAUUCAUCGCCUUUUUAGUUGUGUAUAUGUUAGUUCUUUGCUUAUUUAAGAUGUUAACUUUUCAUGGUUAAUGUGCAUCAAUCAUACUGUGGAGGGGCUUGGUAAUUGUAUCGGUAAAUCCAGAAAAUAUUGAAUCUGUGCAUA